GAAACACGGACGCCAUUAUCGAUCUUUCCAAUAUAUUGCUUGUACUCAUAAAACCCUACAGCUGUUAACCCAACCCCACGCUUUAUCCACAACACAUAUUGCAUGUGACUCUUCUUUGUCUUCAGUUCUUCACAGAAACUCCAUCGGCAUCAAUGGCGUCUCCGCUUCUCCACUUGCUCCUCCCGCUAUGCCUUAUAUUACUAGCACUCACACGCGCCUCCGGUGGCGACGCCACAAAGCAGCUCGCCCUACAUCUCGUCGAUGCCGAGAUGGAGAUGUCGAUUUACGGCGGUUUUGACGAAAUCGAAGGGGAAGAUGAUGAAAACGAAUCUGUUUCUGAUCGUAGAUCUCUGUUUUGGAGGAGGAUGAGAUACUACAUUUCGUAUGGAGCGUUGUCGGCGAACAGAGUUCCGUGUCCACCACGCUCUGGUAGGUCGUACUACACUCAUAACUGUUGGAGAGCUAAAGGUCGGGUUCGUCCUUACACCAGAGGUUGCUCCACAAUCACGCGUUGCCGCCGGUGAAAUUAAUCCGGCGCCGGUCAUUGUUCCACCAUUGGAGGUUAAUUAAGGUAUGCUUGAAUCAUUGAAAUCAAUACUACGUCGUCCCAUUUCAAUCCGUUGAGCAAUCAUAUUCUCUUAUGUUUGCAGAAUCUGACCUGCUAAUAAUGAAUUCAUUAGCAAUUAAGCAUCAUGUUCAUAUGAAUUCAAGUAUGUUUAUAUGGAACUCUGAUGAUUCAAUUGUUAAAUGAUUUCGUCGAUUUCCAUUGAAGAACAUGUCAAAUCCAUUGAAUUCUUCGAUCUAAGCGUUUUGGAUCUUAAA